AAUAGAGGGAGGCGAGUAACACAGAGUGGAAAACGAAAAGCUCGCGGGGUCGUACUCGCGAUCAGUCUGUCUACACGACGACAAGGUUCUCUCUUUCGAAGGGUGCUAUUCCCUUUUGAGCGUACAGUUUAUAUUCCUAUCAUUGUGUAAGCAAUAGUUACCACGAGAUGCUCCGAAGAAUCACGAUAUUGCUCAUCGUUUCAGUAUUCGUUGUGGCUGUUCAUUCAGACGUGCUAAAAUGCUACAUGUGCACCUCACUGGAACGAAAUUGCAAUUCCUCUUUGACAACGACUUCAUUACAACCGAUGGAGUGUACCGGUCACAAUAUGGUGGAGUGGCAGAGGAAGGUUCAGCAGCACAAAAUCCUCGAGUCAAUCAUAAAAAUUCUCGAGAUUGACGAAGCGCUUUCACAGCAUAUUCAUGGCACUCCCUCGAACAUGGCUUGUGCCAAAACAAUCAUUAACGUCAAAAAUCAAGAAGUGACCAUAAGAAUGUGCUCUGAUUCUUGUAACACGAUGGAGAAAAAAAUACGGGACAAUCAACUGGGCAAGAUGGAGCAAUGCGCGCUCUGUUUCAAGGAUGCCUGCAACGGCAUAACAGCUAUAUCUCCUGAAAUAUUUUAUACGCUUCUGUCGUUCCUCGGCGCUCUCAUUCACGUUGCUUUUUAUCACUGGGCGUAACCGUUCGCGUCUUACCAUUUCUCGCGCAUUCCUUUUAAAAAAAUGCCGUAUAAUAAAUAUUAAUCAUUCAACAUCGGAUAUCAUACAUAUUCGUUAUGUAUACACACACACACACACAAUUGUAACUCAAAACCGAUAAUGUCUUCCAAUGAUUAGUACAUAUACAUAUGUACUAAUGGAGACAAUAAGCGCAUAUAUAUUACUUAUCAUUAUUUAUAUAUUUAAUAACGCGCUAUUUGAGCUAUGCAGGCAUUGUAAGAAUGAUGACAAAUCAAAUAUGAAUUUACGCGGACAAAAAAAAUCAUUUAUAUUUUGUGCAUACUCGAGGUCGGAAAAUUCGUUAUGCUUAUAUAUAUAUAAUAUAUAAGCUAUACUCCCCAUUUUCGACAAAAAUCGCGCAUUUCCUCUAGUAUAAUUUACAUGGUGAAUUCGUAAAUAAUUCUUUCAUAUUGAAUGGCGAAUUUUAUCACGCUUUUUUCUAAUUUUUUAUCGAUAUCUUUAAACGAAAUUAGCUACUCUCAUCUUUUAGUCGAAAGAAAAAACAAAUAUUUGUACACACAUAUACUUUCUCAUUUUUGCUUUCAAAUUAUACAUUGUUAUUGUAUAUCGUGUACUUACAGAAAGAAAGAAAGAGAGAGAGAGAGAGAGAGAGAGAGAGAGAGAGAGAGA